UUGCUGAGUACAACAGGCACACCUAUUACAGAGUCAGGACAUCCCACUGGGGGGAGGGAGGAGGGACGAAAGGCGAGAAAGACGAGCAGCAGCGAGUCAGAGAGGGUAAGGAAGAAACUGAAGCAACCCUUCACUGUUUUCGUUUUUUAUUCUCCCUUCCUCCUUCCUGAGUUUAUCCCCCUCAGAGAUUGCGAAAGGGCAGAACAGAGAGGCAGAAAGAAAAUUAGCGAGACAAAAGAAGGCAUAAAGGGGGUGGUGUGGCGGGGUGGCAGAGCCGAGAGUGUUAAAGCGAACCUGAGUGUGACUGACUCCCUGUGUGCAACAUGCUCUGUCAUGCUGCUGCGACUGCGGCUGACUCCUCCAACCGGUCAGGAAAAGGAAUGUUUAUGCUGAAAAUGAGUCCCUGAACCGGUUCACCAUGUGGAUGUGGGACCGUAAUUUCCUAGCCUUCGCAGGACGAAUUCCACGGAAAAAAAGAACAGCGGUCGGAGAGCUUAGCGAGUCCUGCUGGGUGGCCGCCUGCCUGCUGGCACCGCUGACACUCUCACGUAGAGACUGACUUUAUGCAAGGCGCAAGUCUUCUUACUUCAACUUCUGCUUGUUUUUUUCCUUUCUUUUUUUUUUAGUUUUUUUUUUUUUAAUGGAUUCUGCUGUGCUUUGUUAUAAUCAUUUUUUUAGACUGCCUUUCAAGAUUCAAGCUAUAGCGUUUUGCAAUGAUGCCUUAGGACCGAGCAACAGAAGCAAGAAGUUUUGGACUCCAGGACAGGUCUGAAUGCAUCACAGAAGAGGAGUUUACAGAACUAUGGAACACUAUAUCAUAUUCAGGGGUCUGCAGAUAGCAUGGGGCAGUGUCUGCAGGUAGAUAACUACAGUUAGUGGAAGAAAAAGGGCUCCAAGGGUGCGGGACAUAACCCGACUCAGCUUCAGAAUGAAGCCGGGAAAAUCUCCAGGUGUUCCCUGUGAUAGGUCCAUGAUGCACCUCCGGCAGUUUCCUUUCAGAAGGCACUCCUGGAUAUGUUUUGAUGUGGACAAUGGCACGUCAUCAGGUCGAAGCCCCCUGGACCCAAUGGCCAGCCCGGGCUCAGGCCUCAUCCUGCAGGCCAACUUCGUCCACAGCCAGCGGAGAGAAUCCUUUCUCUACCGCUCUGACAGUGACUACGACCUUUCCCCCAAAUCCAUGUCCCGAAACUCCUCCAUUGCCAGUGACAUUCAUGGUGACGAUAUGAUUGUAACUCCAUUUGCACAGGUUCUUGCAAGCUUAAGAACUGUACGGAACAACUUUGGUGCAUUAACUAAUCUACAGCAAGAAAGAGCAUCUAGCAAGAGAUCCCCCAUGUGUAAUCCACCCCCCAUCACCAAGACCACCUUUACAGAGGAGGCCUACCAGAAACUGGCCACCGAAACCCUGGAGGAGCUGGAUUGGUGCCUGGACCAGCUGGAGACCCUGCAGACAAGACACUCGGUCAGCGAGAUGGCCUCGAACAAGUUUAAGAGGAUGCUGAAUCGGGAGCUGACUCACCUAUCAGAGAUGAGCCGCUCUGGGAACCAAGUGUCUGAGUUCAUCUCCAGCACGUUUCUUGACAAGCAACAUGAGGUGGAGAUGCCAUCCCCGCAGACGCAGAAGGAGAAGGAGAAGAAGAACAAGCCUAUGUCUCAGAUCAGCGGAGUGAAGAAGCUGCAACACUCCUCCAGCCUCACAAACUCCAACAUCCCUCGCUUCGGCGUCAAGACGGAGACCGAGGAUGAGCUGGCAAAGGAGCUGGAACAUGUGAAUAAAUGGGGCCUUAAUGUUUUUAAAAUCUCUGAAUUCUCUGGGAAUCGGCCACUGACAGUCAUGAUGCACACGAUAUUUCAGGAGAGAGACUUGUUAAAAACGUUCAAAAUUCCACUCGACACCUUUAUAACAUACCUGAUGACCUUAGAAGACCAUUAUCACGCCGAUGUGGCCUACCAUAACAACAUUCAUGCUGCUGACGUCACCCAGUCAACUCACGUGCUGCUAUCCACCCCUGCCCUUGAGGCUGUGUUCACAGACCUUGAGAUCCUCGCUGCCAUCUUUGCCAGUGCAAUUCACGACGUGGACCAUCCCGGAGUCUCAAACCAGUUCCUCAUCAACACCAAUUCAGAGCUAGCCUUGAUGUACAACGACUCAUCAGUGUUGGAGAACCACCACUUAGCAGUUGGUUUCAAGCUACUGCAAGAGGAGAACUGUGACAUCUUCCAAAACUUGACCAAAAAACAGCGACAAUCACUGCGAAAGAUGGUCAUUGACAUCGUGCUAGCAACAGACAUGUCGAAACACAUGAAUCUAUUGGCUGACCUGAAGACGAUGGUGGAAACAAAGAAAGUGACCAGCUCCGGUGUGUUGCUGCUGGACAACUACUCAGACAGGAUACAGGUUCUCCAGAACAUGGUUCACUGUGCAGACCUGAGCAACCCCACCAAGCCUCUUCAGGUGUACCGACAGUGGACGGACCGAAUCAUGGAGGAGUUCUUCAGCCAAGGGGACCGAGAAAGGGAGAGGGGAAUGGAGAUCAGCCCCAUGUGUGACAAACACAACGCCUCAGUAGAAAAGAGCCAGGUUGGGUUCAUAGACUAUAUCGUCCACCCCUUAUGGGAGACGUGGGCCGACCUCGUCCAUCCGGAUGCCCAAGACAUCCUGGACACGCUGGAGGACAACAGAGAGUGGUACCAAAGCACCAUCCCCCAAAGUCCAUCUCCGGCUUUAGACGAGCCGGAGGACGGCACCCGACCCCCCGGAGCGGACAAGUUUCAGUUUGAGCUGACCCUGGAGGAGGACGGGGAGUCUGACACUGAAAAGGACAGUGGCAGCCAGCCGGAGGAAGAGGAGGAGGAAGAGGAGGAGGAGGAGGAGGAGGAAAACAGCUGUACCGACUCAAAAACACUCUGCACGCAGGACUCCGAAUCCACAGAGAUACCGUUGGACGAACAGGUUGGGGAGGACGACGACGAUGACGAUGAGGAGGGGGAGGCGGCAGAGGAGGGGCAAACGCCCUGCUCAGAAGCGCGUGUGGCGGACGAAGAGGCGCCAGAGGAGGAAGAGGAGGAGAAAUCCCCCGACACAUAGCAGUUAUGGACGGCCUCUGAUUAGCUGCUCCUCUUAGUAAUGACAGAUUAUUAUUUAUAGAAUAUUUUUUGAGUUUUGUGAAACCUGGUUUUUUAUACGUCUGUGUUUCCAAAGCGUGCGCUGCUCCCCGCCCUGGGUUACUCUUCUCGUCGGCUUUUAUUUAGACACGCCCGUUGGUACUACUUCAAGUUUUUUUGCACUCAGGAAAAACUCCCUUUCAUUCCCAUUCGUACUGAAGCGGUGUGUCUUUACUUCGCCCCCCCCUCCACAGUCUUGAGUUUAAGAUGCGGGACGGUCCGCUCAGUGCUGCUCAUAGAUCCCAUCUGUUUCCGUCUUUCUGCUUUCGUCUCAGCCUCGCCGGAAAGUUUGCCUGUGUCUUUAUCUUUUAUGAAGUGCCAAUAACUCCAAAGAGUCAGUUAUUGGUGGAAGUCUCCCUGUUGUUGUUGUUUUUUUUUUUUACAUAUAUUUUCUUGUGGUUUAAGUCAUACUUCUCCCCUUCCCAUGAUAAAUUAGAAAGCAUGUUUUGCUUCAAACCCAGCGGGUUGCUACAGCACAUUCGGGGAGCUUUUUAAACCACAUCCACGAUGUGGAAGUCUUCCUCCAUAACCUGACUUACAAAAAGCUAAAAUCUGAACCACUAUCAUGCUCUCCUAAACCUCUAGUUUGUUUUUUUUUUGGCAAUGUAUCUAAAUUUCAGAUAUUUUCUUGCAAUUCGAGAAGUACAGGAACCCCGUAGAAACAGGGAGGGAGAAGUGUGUCAGGUGUUGAGCGUUUUUGAAGGCUGUUCAGAGCUGUUUGCACUUUCUCCAAAAGCAUUUACACUCCUAUACCACUAUACUUGUACUCGAUUAGUUCUGUGUCUUAAAACCUGUAUUUUCUUUCUAGUAACUGUUAUUUCAGACAGGAUUUUCUCUGAGAAGGAAGCAGAAACCUGAGGUCUUAUGCUUUGCUUCUCAUGGGAAUCGUUUCUAUCCUGGAGUAAGCCCUGUUUAUUAUUAUUAUUGUUGCCUGUAGUUCUUUUGAACACAUCCUGAGACAAUGCAAUGCUUUGUAGUUGAUACAAAAAGCACCUUUUCUAUAGGUUUGACUAGUGCUCCAAGUGUUUAGAAAUAGUAAUGGUGUUGAAAAUGACUAGGGUGAUUUUAUAGCAAUGUUAAGAGAACUUAGUUUUAUUUUCUUAGCCAUUUCUUUUAUACAUCAGCAGCUGCCACUUACCUUCAGCCUCUUUCCAUUCAUUUUCCAUCAGAUUCUGGCAAUUGACUCCGCUUUACCGUCCUUGUUUUCAACAAGACAAUCAGCUCCAUAGCAUAGUUCCAAGAAAAGACUACUCUCUACGUUGAUACAGGCACAGCUCACGUAUAAUGUCCCUGAAAAGUUCAUUUAUUUCAGCAAUUCUAUUCAAAAAGCCAAACACACAAAAUAAUAUAUGUUCCAUGUGUUUGUUUCAGUUAACUGCGUUGAUUAUGGCUUACAGCUGAAGAACAUCCACAACUGUGUUUGUCGAACAAUCAGCAUGUUACAUUAGAUUAAUAAAAGUCAGGAUGUUUAUUACAAAAAGUUAUAUAGUAUUCUCCACGCAAUCAUCAGAAAGACGUUGUGACAGACAUCUCUGCUAGGAUGGUAAACCACAAAAGAUUGUUGCUAAAGAAGCUGUCUGAUCACCGCGGGCUGCAUCUAAGCAUAUUGAUGGAAAGUUAAGUAGAAGAAAAAACUGUGGUAGCAAAAAGGCACACAAACAGGGAUUAAAGGAUUGGAUUUUAAUCAAUUGCAAAUUAUAAUCAUCUUAAUUAACUCAAAUAAGUGAUUUAAACUUCUCACUGAAUGAAAAUGUUUUUCUUUUUUUAUGGAAUUACUGAAAUAACAUCAUCUUUUUCAAUCAUAUUCUAAUUUACGGAGAUGCGUUCGUAUUCAAAUGCACUAAUACAUUCGCAGACACCCUCUUUAAUAUUUCUGACCCAUUCAAACACUGGCUCUUUGUCGAACGAAGGCUUAAAAAAUUAUUUUCCGUGUUUCUUACCAUUCAAACCCAAUGCUGUUAUUUAUUGGUAUAUAUUUUUCUAUUUGUUGAGUGUGUUUUUGAAACAUCAAGGUGGUACAGUCGACAUGUCACUGUAGCAUACAAAACGCAAGUUUGCCAGUUAUUGCACCCAAAUACAUAUUUUUUCUUUUUUUUUUUUGCCCCUUGUACAGAAAAUAUUUUGGAAAAUAUUAUCUAAAGUAAGAAAACAACAAAAGGUAAAAAAAAAAAAAAAAAAAACUUGAAAUACUGCACACUGCUUUUACAAAGAGGUCUUGUUUUACCUAUAUGCCAUUUUAAGAAAUUAUUUAACUUUUUAUUUUGUGCCAAUAUUAUUUUAUUUUAUUCUUUUCAUCCUCACCUGAUGCCCUUACCUGUAAUAAGAAUUUCUUGUUUAUUGCUGUUUACAAACAUAUAUUUAUUGUGCUGUAUAUAAUAUAUAAUUAUUAAUGUUAUUACUAUCAUAAUGCAGUUUGCUGUAAAUGGUUGAUUCUUAUCAUCCCUUUUGGUGAUGGCGUGGCUGUAUUAUGUACCUCUUGUUGAGAGAAUGUUUAUUAACACAUGAGCUUUGGUGUAAAACAAAAGAAAACUGCUCCAUCGACUCGUCGCUCAGCUGAGAACUAGCUCAGAAAGGAGAGAGAGAGAGAGAGAGAGAGAGCGAGAGAGAGAGAGUGAGGGGGAAAAGCCAAAUUGUUUUUUAAAAAAAAGAAGCUGUUCCUUGGCCCAUGGGCUGUGCCUUAAAUUUAACACAUCAUUUACUUUUUAGCCUUUUCUUUUCAUUCUUUUAGGGGUUUUAGGGGUUCUCCUUUGCUGCAUUUGGCGAAUCUCUUGGCUUUGGUUGGCCUGACGACUUGUGGAGAAAAGUUGCCUUUUUUCAUUAGUCACAGCGAGGGGUAUGAGUUUGUCGAGGUGUUCAGGUUAACCACAAGUCACGUGUUCGCUGCAUGAGGGAUUGUGGCCUGUAGCUGGAUGUCAAAGGCUCGUAUUCCGCUGUAGACCUGAUGGGAACGGCUCACUCGGCACUCAGAGACGUGGCUCGAGCGGUCAAACGGGGAUACGUCUUGUCCCAUUCCUGAUUGGAUCACAGCUUAAAUUUGAACAAAACACUGAUGGAAGGAGUGAGGGGGGGGGGGCUACAGCGGUGUGUAGUUGGUGCUCGACUACGACCAUACCAAGCACAGAGGCUUUGGGACACAUCUGCACGUUCAGCCACUGCUGCAUUAAUUCUGGCUGAAAUACUUGACGGUGUGUUGCUCGUCCAUGCUCGGCCCGCACUUCCACUCACGUUACCUGCAAUAUCCACAACCACUGACAUGUUUCUGCCUGGACAGAAGAGGGGUCGGUUAUAUUUCUCUACUGAAGGCAACCGGGGGGAGGGAAGGGUGGGGGGGAAGGGGGGUACUGCAUCAUUGUCCCCCAAAAGCAGGACUCUUGUUUUGACACACAUACUGUAGAUUUUAAACAGCCCUGGACCAAUGGAAAUAGUGGGUUCUUUUCUCAUUAUGUGUUCUAUUUUUUUAUGGCGUGCAAGGAAAACACAAACUGUAACUUCUGAAAACAAAAAAUGGUCUUCAGGACAACUAUUUUUUUGGGUUAUGUCUUUAGAAUGCCAACUUGUCUGGACGUUUCACAGGACAAUUAAAAUGUUAUUUUAAUGGAUUCCUUGUUAAUCGCAGUCUAUUGGAUAGCACUGUAGAUCAUACAACUUUAUCUACAAAAACAAACAAAAAGAAUGAAAAAAAAAAGUUUUUAUAUGCAAUGGAAUAAAUAAAAGCAUGGGUUGA